AUGGAAAAACAGAAUCCAUUGUUGCCAUUUGCGUUCACAAGUUCAUCAUUCAAUGAUCAUAACAUUGCUUUAAACACUACUCCUAGAGAAAGAGCCAUUAUAGAUGAAAAUGCCAAAAGUAUAUAUCAUACAAGAGUUACGUCUCCAACUACAAAUAAGAUAAAGUCACCGAGGAAGACAGUGGUACUAAGGCCAAAUUUAAAGAUGGCACCUAGUUUAAAACGUCGGAUGGGUGAAAGUUUUAAUGAAAAAGAUGAUAUCAAAAGAAGAGAUGUUCCUAUGAUUUCAAGUGAUCAGCCUACAGAAGUAGAUGAUGAUGAUGGUGAGGAGGAUGAAGAGGACAACCAACGAGAUGUAGAGAUAUCAAAUGUUGAGUCUGAACCCCACAGUUAUCUACCUCCAAGUAGUCCUCCCGUUGAACCACCAAUGUCAGAGUUCGAAUUCACUUCAAAUACUAUUUCAAAUUAUAAUGUACCUGAAUCACCACCUAACAAACUACACCACAGAGAUAGAGUUCAACUAUUACCAAGUGAAAUAGAAUUGGAUGAUGAUCACCUCCACCAAGACUCAUUCUUUAAACCUUCUCAAAUAAAGAAAUCACAAAGUUAUUCACCCCAAAAGAGAGGCAAUACCAAUACCAAUCUAAGUUCAGAUGCCGAUUUUGGUAUUGAUAAAUUUCAUCGAUUUAAAACCUCAAUUAAUUUCCCAUCAUCAUCAACUGAUUUCGAUGAUCCUAAUGAAAUCGAUUCCAUAAGGCAACAAAGUUAUGCCAAAGCAAGAUCAAUCAUUUUAGAUGCAUUUGAAGAAAUUAAAACUAUCAUCAACUUAGAAAAACUAAAUCUUUACGAAAUACCGGAUGAAAUCAAAGAUUUAAAUAAAAUUGUCGUCUUCGAUAAUGAGACUAGUGAUCUGAGAAAAUAUCAAUUAUUCUUAACCAAUAAUAACUUAUAUGAUUUAACUCCUGCAUUAUUUAAAUUUACAAAAUUGAAUGUGUUAGGGUUAAGACAAAACAAAUUAAGGUAUUUACCUCCCUUAAUAGCAAAGUUGAAUAAUUUAACUGAUUUAUCUUUGGGAACUAAUAAGUUAACAUAUUUACCAUUUCAAAUCCUACAAUUGAAUAAUUUACAAAUAUUUCAAGCAGGUCCAAAUCCAUUCAUGAAAAUCCCUCCUGAUGCAAUUAAAAUAAAUAAUAAUAAUAACGAUACCCAAGAUGAUACUAGAUCAAUACGGCAAUUAAAUUAUAUUUCAAAGUUAAACUAUUUCUCUACAACUAAAACUAAAACAGUUCCAUCCUUAAAAACCAUUUGUCUUGAUAAAAUUGCAAAUUAUGAUGUUAGUUAUCAAGAAACAAAAGAUUGGAAAAAAUUCACUCCAAAAUUGUAUCAUAAUUUAAUUAUAAAAGCGAUAAAAAAUGGUAAAUAUCAAGAUUUUUGUUGUCAAUGCUCAAAUAUAGUGGUUGAUCCCGUGGCAGAGAUUUAUGAAUGGUGGGAUUAUUUACAAAAUAAAAAUAUUCCGAUUAGAAAACAAUUUUGCAGUGGAGGUUGCAUUAAACAAUAUGAUCAUUAUAAUUCUUUAACAUAA